UCCUAACCUUUUCACUUCUCCCUUUUUCUGCAGUGCUAUCCAUAUCUGGUUAUCUAAGUUUCCUGCGUAUCUCUACCCCACCUGGUAAGCUUAAACUGGACCUGGAUCCUGUCGAUUGAUUUGCUCGACUAGCUCCGACAGCGGUCUCAUUCCCCCCGCAAUCGCACCUCCAGCACUCGUCGUUACGCCGCAUUCCUCGACCUGCACCGCGGUUUAUAGGCUCCCGAAGUGAUAUACCUGCUGACUAUAGCGCUUUAGCUCAGGUAUCGCGAUUGUGAACGCCUUCUACACGAAACUCAUAUACAAUGGCUGUCGAGAAGGGACCUGUUUCUCCCAUACCCAUCUCGGAGCUCACCAAGAUCGCCACAGAUGCUUGUGAUGCGGCCCUGAAGAGCGCCGAGGGUUACGAGCACGCCAAGGUUGGCGAAUGGAAUUCCCAGAUCAUUAGCACUAUCCUCAAGGCCCUCAUUGCAGCUACCGCACCAGAGUCUCCCGCGACAUCACCUCCAUACCGGUUCACCGUCAACAGCACCAUCGUUCAACAAGGCUUGAUCGAUAAGUCUUCCGCAGCAGACGGGGCCGUCAGCAAUGCCGGUAAGCGUGGUAUGCACUCUGCCUCAGGCGCCUUCUGGGACGUCAACCGUGAUGGAAUGUGGACAUUCAAGUACCCCGGGGCUGAAGAGCGGGGCCUCGAUGUCGUUGUCAGUGUGACAUGGUUUGCUCUGGGCUAGUCUCAUUCAGAUCAAGAAAUUUAUAAAAUGAAAGAAAGGAAGACCCCAAUUUUGUUUGAAGCUUUUGAAAGCUCAACGUUUUGUUCUGAUGUGACUUCCAUUUCAUCUUUAUUUCUUCUACGACUGUGCGGUUGUGUUCGCAUGCCUUCGCCUGUUAUAUGUUCCCAGAGGCUUGAUGUACAAGAACAAUGUUGAUUACGAUAUCCCUUAGUUCAAGAAUUGCCGCAAUUU